AAAAUAGAAAUCACAGAUAUAAGAAAUAACAUGCAAGAGAUAGCAUCACAAGACAUAGAUAAGUUAUGGGAUAUAAUAGCAUCGAGUAUUACUAAAUAUGCAAAAUUAUCACUUCUAGGCAAGAAAAUAGUAGCGGGAAACUACAAGGCUACCAAAACUAGAGAAAGUGACAAAAUUAAAAAAGAU